GUUCGAGAUCUCGGUGUGAGAGCAUUAAUAUUAGGUCACUAACAAAUCUCAGGUAUACACAUCGAUAUAGUGCCGACUGUUCAAAACAAUAAUUGGAAAAUGAGUGACACUAACCCCAGCACACAGAGUAUAGCGGACUAUUUAGCACAGCUACUAAAAGAUAAGAAACAAUUGGCAGCGUUCCCAAAUGUAUUCAUACACGUAGAACGACUUCUUGACGAAGAAAUAGCCAAGGUCCGGUCGAGUCUGUUCCAGAUAAAUGGCGCAAAGAAGGAACCCCUGGUGCUGCCUGACGCUGAGGGGACCCCCACUACGCUUACAGAGAAAGUUUACGUUCCCGUCAAGGAGCAUCCAGAUUUCAACUUCGUGGGCCGUAUUCUUGGCCCUCGGGGCAUGACAGCGAAGCAACUAGAACAAGAAACCGGCUGCAAAAUCAUGGUACGGGGGCGGGGCUCCAUGAGGGACAAGAAAAAGGAGGAACUGAACAGGGGAAAGCCAAACUGGGAGCACCUGAGCGAUGAACUGCAUGUUCUGAUCACAGUGGAGGACACAGAAAACAGAGCCACCAUGAAGAUGCAACGAGCUGUUGAGGAGGUUAAGAAACUCCUGGUUCCCGCUGAUGGAGAAGAUGAGCUCAAGAAGAGGCAGCUGAUGGAACUGGCCAUCAUAAAUGGAACGUACCGAGAUUCAAGCAUCAAAGUAGCGGCAACAGCUGCAGCUUGUGAUGAAGAAUGGCGACGGCUCACAGCAGCUGCAGCAGAGACACAGCGACUGUUGUCUCCAGGGAUGCCAGGCUUGGCAACACCCAUACGUAAUCCAGCAACACCACUGGGUGCACCACUGAUCUUGUCCCCAAGGCUCCCGGUUCCCACAACAGCGGCUUCCCUUCUGAAUGGGUCAGGUCACCAAGGGCCACUUCUGUCGCCCCAUGAUCCUCAUGGUCUAAUUUACACACCAUAUGCUGAUUAUGCCAACUACGCAGCGCUGGCAGCAUCUCCUCUUCUUACAGAUUAUGCCACAGCAGAACACUCGGAGCAGCGGUGGGUCACGGUUGGGGUGUGAACCACUGGUUGCAUGCGCGAUGGCCUGACCAACGGUAGCCCAUGCUUGUAAAUGCAUGGCACGAAGAAGCAGCCCCACCAAGGUCUGCUGUCUGCCAGAUUGAACAAUGAACAACAAUAUCGAGAUUUCUGUUGUUAUGCUCCCCAAUUAUUGCUUGGCAGGUGUUUCUAAUGUUUGGAUUGUUUUAAAAGUUGUACAAGCAUAAAUCCGCUGCAUAUCAAGUUGUUGCAUGUUUAAUCAAAUGCCUUUUAUAAAAUGUGUAAGAUACUUCCAAAUAAAAUGCUCAAAGACAUAAUAAGUGAACGACUUUAGAAUUUUCAUCCACACCCAGCAGAAAGGAAACAGCAGAAGAGAAUUUGAGAUUUUAUGUUCUCAUGGAGACUACUGAGAAUGCAGUCUUCUGGCCUGUACACCAUGUAUUUUGGAAGAAGCCUUUUCCAAACUACACAGCAUUACAACACAGAAGAUCAUACCAUUCAAACGCCACUGUGAGAACCUCAUAUUCACCAUUAGAUUAUUGUUUGCUGGAAAGUGAUACUGUGUUGUUUGGUAAAUAAUUGCCAAAUUGUACUGCGUCACAUCCCAGAAGACAGUAAUCCGUGAGAAUAUUUUAAGUAUGUUGCCAGUUUUACUGAUAGAUGUAUGUUUAUUUUAUUUUCUGUGAGGGAAACAAAGCAUCUGUUUAUAACAUACAUUUCUCAUACAUUGAAACUAAUAACAAAAGUAUCAAAGAUUAUGUAAUCAUCAUCAUUAUCUAAAGUAUGGCUUAAGAAAAGUGAAAUGAUACCAGCCAUAUAAUCGUUCGUCUUAAUGAUUUGAAACUGAUUAUUGAUGGAAUUAAUUAUAUGUCUUUGAGCCAUAUUAUUUGAAGUUUUCAAGACAUACCUGAAUAGCAUUAUAAUUUUUCGUUGUGCUUCAAUUAGAUAGCCUGAUAAGUGUUUUGGAAGUUAUGUUUCAUUUGCAUGAAAUUCAGCAGAGAAGCAUACUGUAGAUAUUCAAUAAUAUUUGCUCAUGCAAUAUUGGGAAGUGUAAUAAUAUUCAUGUGAGAACUUUGAUCAUGCAGGAUUGUUCCAGUGUGAUGAUUUGUUUUAAAUAUUUGACAGUGCAGGUAACCGUAAAGAAGAACAUAAACAUUAAUGAUAAGUUCAUGUUUCUAUAUACAGUAUAAAUAUUUAUAUAAAUCUUAGAAAAGUGUUAGUGAUAUAUAGGAGAAUCAUCCAAGUUAAGACUUAGGAUAAGUGAUGUUUUGUUUUCAUUUAGUGAAGGAAUUUUUUAUAUAUUGUAUGAUUGGUGUAUGUCUUAUAUAGUAAAUGUGCGCUCUCUUGGUGUGAUAAGUUCGUAGGUUUUGAAUGUUUUUCUGUAUGAAAGUUGAAUGUAUGUGAUAAUGUUUUUAUUAAGAUUUUUCUAUAUAACUUUUUUAUUGUACAAGUAUUACAAUGAAGACUUUCAGAAUGGUGAUGGGUGUUAAAGUAUUUAUGGCAUUGGAAGUAUUAGUAGCUACUGUAGAGCCCAUUUUAAAGAAAUACAAUUAAAGUUGUAUAAAAAUCAAAUAUUGGUGAUGGGUAAACAAUUUCUGUUUAUUUAUAUUAUGAUUUCAUUUUUUUUUAACAGAAUUAACACAUAACAUGGGUAAUCUGUUUAGGAAACACGAGAGUGGAAACCACAGUCAUAGUGCCCUCCUUUAAUGUCUGCAGUAAAACACAGUAACAAACCCCUUGUGAAUUUUACGAGACUGAGUGCCUGACAUCUUAAUAACAACAAGCUUGAGGGACCAAACAUUUGUCUGAAAGAAUGAUCUAUUGCAGUCUUUUAUUAAUUUCCCAUCUUAAUAAUCCAUAAUUUGGUAAUUACUUUACCCAUAAAGUUAAAGAUAAAACAGCUAUUGAUACUGCUGUCUUCACAUUAAUAUUAAUUAAUAAUAUUAAUACCAUAUUAAUAAACAGAAUGUUUGGUUGUGUGAGUGAGUGGUAGCCAAAAUGGUGUUAUAUAGUUAAUUGUGCAGCAACAAGCAGAUUUCCUAAUGGUAUUUUGAGUUGUCAGAAUUCUAAUAGGAUUUGACAUGCCAAACAUGUUGUGGAUUACAAGCUGUGGUAUGACAUAACAAGGCGUGACAUAUCAUGACAUCAUGUGUCUUGAGGAUGUGUGGCCUCUCUGAUGUGGUAAACAUUUAGUAUUAUCUGUGAGCUGAAUACCAUUGAAUUGUUCAACACAGUAAUAUGACAAUAGUGCCAUAAGAAAGUUUUUUUUACCCAUAUUAAGGUGCUCUUAUUUUUCUUAUUUAGUGAGUUUUUAUUUUUUGAGGAUGAAAUCCAUUGCUUAGAGCAACAAUUAUAAUUUGUAAAAAUGUAGACAAAUUUAAUUAUUUUGAAACAAGGAACAUAGAAUGAUUGAAUGCAAACAGAGGAGUUUUACAUUGCUUAUUUAAAAAAAAAAUGGCAUUGCUGUUUAUUAAACUUUAUUCCACCAAAAGUAAUAUUAAAUAAAAAUAAAAGUCCAUCAGAGUAAAUUACCAAGAAGAAGGCUGCAAACAGAGCUGUAGGUUCUUGCUUGGCUUUCUGUUCACACUGAAAAGGAACAUGAUAUUUUCUUCCAAAACAUCGGUUGACUUCUGUCAACCUAUAUAUCCUUACAACCUUGAAGUUCAUACUCUGCAUAGAACAAAAUGUUGUUGCUCUUUUGAGUGUGGGAUCAGAAAUGAAACCCUUGUUAAAGGCCCAGGGUCUAACAGUAUAUUUUAUUCACAUAACAUUGCAUAUCUUUGCAGUUUUAUCCUACUACUCCAUUUGUUUGUUUGUUUGUAACAGUGAAUACUGAUCUUGCAUUGUAGCUCCUUAGGGCACGGUUAUAUCAAAAGAAUGUGACCAAUACUGAAACAUAAAGAAAUUGAUACUUAACAAACUUCUAAAUUAAAAAAAAAAACUGGAAGAAAUAG